UCCGCUCAGCGAGGAAAUGCUGCCUCCGGGAGAGUGGAUGUGUCACCGCUGCACUGUGCGCCGCAAGAAGCGAGAACAGAAGAAAGAGCUGGGGCAGGUAAAUGGAUUGGUGGACAAAUCUGGGAAAAGGACCACCUCCCCCACCAGUGACGCAGACCUGUUGGACAGGUCUAGCAGCAGCAUCAGGGCUAAUGCGCAUGCCAGGAUCUUGGAAAGGAGAGCGAGCCGGCCCGGCACUCCCACAUCCAAUGCCAGCACCGAGACCCCCAACUCAGAGCAGAAUGAUGUGGAUGAGGACAUAAUUGACGUGGAUGAUGACUCUGCCAUUGCAGAAAUGGACUGUGGGCAGCCCCAGUUGAAGCGACCCUUUGAGCUUCUUAUUGCUGCUGCCAUGGAAAGGAACCCAACACAGUUCCAGUUGCCGAAUGAACUGACCUGCACCACAGCACUUCCAGGUACUAGUAAGAGGAGGAGAAAGGAAGAAACCACAGGAAAGAAUGUCAAGAAAGCACAACACGAGUUAGACCACAAUGGUUUGGUUCCCUUGCCGGUGAAAGUCUGCUUCACAUGCAACAGGAGUUGCAGAGUGGCACCUCUAAUUCAGUGCGAUUAUUGCCCGCUCCUGUUCCACAUGGAUUGUCUGGAGCCACCGCUUACUGCCAUGCCUCUGGGUAGAUGGAUGUGCCCAAAUCACAUAGAACACGUGGUGCUGAACCAGAAGAACUUGACCCUGAGUAAUCGGUGCCGAGUAUUUGACCGGUUCCAGGACACCAUAUCUCAGCACGUUGUCAAAGUGGAUUUCUUAAACCGAAUCCAUAAGAAACAUCCUCCGAAUCGCAGAGUUCUUCAGUCAGUGAAGAGAAAAGGUUUGAAGGUUCCUGACGCUAUAAAGUCCCAAUACCGGCUUCCGCCCCCGUUACUUGCGCCUGCAGCAAUUAGAGAUGGCGAGCUGAUCUGUAACGGGAUCCCCGAGGAACCCUUGCAGAAGCACCUUUUGAACACUGAGCACUUAGCCAGCCAGACGGAACAACAGGAGUGGCUCUGUAGUGUUGUUGCGCUCCAGUGCAGCAUAUUGAAACAUUUAUCUGCUAAGCAGAUGACUUCGCUUUGGGACUCUGAACAAACAGAGAAGGCUGAUAUUAAGCCUGUUAUUGUGGCGGACGGCUCACUCACCAACCCUUACCAGGCAGCUGACAAGGCACCCACACCUUCCCUCUAUUCCAUGUCAUCCUGCACCUCAGGGAUUACCAGCCAGAAUUCCUUGAGCUCUUCGCAAUCCCAGCAGACUUUGUCACAGGAAGAUGUCAACUGCAGCUCGUGUAUAGAUAAAUCCAAGAAGGUGUCUUCUUGUGGGACUUCCAACGGGCCGACAGCCUCUGACAUCAAAGUGAACGGUCCCCAUUUCUACGGUGUUUCGUCCGACUCUUCAGCACAGUUGACUGACUCCCAGAGGCUAAUCGGAUCUGGUAACACAAUACCCGUCUUGUCUCAUCGGCCAACGUGGCCUCGGCCCCUCACGCCCCCAGCGACUUGCGGGCUUCUGAAUCACACCAUCGGCACCAUUGUCAAAACGGAGAACGUAGCAGGACCCGUUUCUUGUGCACAAAGGGGUUCUGCGCCGGUCACGACUAUGCCUACGUCCAUAUCGAGCUCCUGUGCCAGCCUGGAGACCACCAGCACUUUGCAAAGGAAGAACGUGCAGACGCAGAUAGGACCGCCGCUGUCGGCAGAGCUGCGGUCGGUGGGCUCGCCGCUGACCGCUACCAGGGCCCUCACCCCUCCGCAGGCCGAUGGCAUCUCCGCUGUCGGCGCCGCCAACAGAUUCUGUUCACCAGCACCACCUUCAGAUGGUAAGGUCAGUCCCAGCACCUUAUCCAUAGGAAGCGCUUUAACUCUACCCUCAUCGCUCACUUCAAACUCUGCAGCUAUGUUGGACCUCACCAGUUCCCUGAAAGCAUUUAUGGAUGGCGAGAUUGAGAUAAAUAUGCUGGAUGAGCAGCUGAUCAAGUUUCUGGCCUUGCAGAGAAUACAUCAGCUCUUUCCUUCCAAAGCUCAGUCUCUAGCAAGCAGUGUCAGUUCCCAUCAGCAGUCUCCUGUGGGAAACCACAUGGAAGCGCAGCGAAAGGAGGUGCAAGCCCGGGCAGUGUUCUACCCUCUGAUGGGCUUGGGGGGUGCAGUCAAUAUGUGCUAUCGAACCCUCUACAUUGGGACAGGAGCCGAUAUGGAUGUGUGCCUUACAAGCUACGGUCACUGUAACUACGUGUCUGGCAAACACGCCUGCAUAUUCUACGACGAGAACACGAAGCAUUACGAGCUGUUGAACUACAGUGAGCAUGGGACGACGGUGGACAACGUUCUGUAUUCGUGUGACUUCUCGGAGAAGAUGACGCCCACUCCCCCCAGCAGUAUCGUUGCCAAAGUGCAGAGCGUGAUCA